GAAGAAGAUAAUCCGCGCCUUGAGUGAAAACAAGACGGCAUGGUAUCUCCAUGGCGAGAAUCUUAAUUUUCGACCACUAUAUAUCAUUAAGAAAAUAAACCUUUAAUUCGACGCUGAUAUUUGAAGUGCUCGCAUCUCUUCGAGCAGGUGGAAGUGCUACAAACAUCAAAGAUUGUGACUUUUCUACAAAAAGAAAAGCAUCACAACUGUCAUAACAAUGGACGACAUUGAAAAUGAGCUUAGGUCCCAAAUACAGUUUGAUGAGCACAACGACCCAUUGGGCAACACAUUGCCAAAAAAAGAGAAAAAGUCACGGCUUCCCCUGGCAGAACCAUUCUUAGUAGAGAACGCAAAGGAAACGGGAUUUCGCCAAACGACAAGGCUUUGUCUUGAGAGAAUCAGAGAGGCUAUGCUGCAUCAUAGAUGGCAGGAAGCUGCAGAAUACCUGCCAUGUUACCCUCAAAUACUGGAGGACACAACUGCUGGCAAGGGAAUUCACUACAAAGAGAUCAUUUGGAGAAUCGGCAUUGAAAUCCUCCAUCAUCACCCCAACUCAAAAAUGGAUGACUACAAUGUCGUCUAUGAGCGAUUGAAACAUUCAGGCGUUCAACAUUACCUGAUGAUCUGCUUGGAACAUGCCUUCCACCUACUGCUUCAUGGCCAAAUCGAAAAUGCAAAACAUCACCUUUCGGUCGCUGAAAGCUGGAGGUAUGGCAGAGUGUCGGCAUGUCAACAUCAGAAGACUAAACUGAUCCAGGCCUACAGGAGUUUGCUAGACUACAUUAUCUGGUGUGACAAGAAAAGUUCAGCCACCAACACUAGUUUUACAAACGCUGAUAGCAGCAAAGACAUGCACAGCUACUUUAGGCAAGCUUCAGUCAAUCUAAAGGAGAUUUUAAAACAUCCUGGUGUCUGGGAUCCCUUCAUUCUGAGUUAUGUCGAGAUGCUGGAAUUCUAUGAUGAUCAGGAGGAAGCAGUGAAAGUCCUUAAGAAUUAUGCACAUGAUGAGUCGUUCCCGCCGAAUCCCAAUGCACAAGUGUAUCUCUACCAGUUUUUGCAGAGACAUAAUGCACCAGAAAGGAAAUUGCUGAAUGUUUUAAAGAUUCUCCAUGCUUUAGUUCCUAGUCAUGAGCUGAUGUUGGACUACAUUUCCUUUCUGCUUCUCUCAGAAAAGGCGAAAAACAUCGAAAAAGCUCUUGGAGUUGUCCUUGACAUGCUGGACUAUGCCUGCUGGAGAACAAGCAUGGAUGUGUGGAAACAUUUAAAAGAUGUUAUUGACAAACUGCAGCUACAUAAGGACUGGAAGAAGAUUGUUGCUGAGAAGAUGGCACCAAGAAAAGAAUGGUGGCCUGCAUUGCACUUUACAAGGUUCCAUGCAACUGAGGAUGCCCGACAAAGACCCCAGCUGAUGGCGGUAAAGGCGUCACUCACCAAUAUCUUAUGUCCAGAAAUAAAACUCACAUACCCUGCUGGACAAAUAAUCAGCGGAGAGACAACUUGAAGACUAUGAAUAAUUUAUUUAAUCUCAUCAUUCAGUUAUGAUGAAGAUCAAUACAGUACAGUACUGCACUGUUAUUUUGGGGAACAAGAUGAAGUAUUAUCCUUUUUUCCCCACCACGGGGCGCAGUUGCACAGCAUGUUGCUUGACUAUGUGGUUGCCACCUUUUCUGUACAGACAGCACAUUUUGCUCCGAGCCAGCCCUCAUGGGUAUUUUAUGGUUUUUGUAACAUUUUGUUGGAAGUCUUCCUCUGUCCUCGGAUGACUUUUGCCGCACCACUGAUGCUACAAAUCGGCAUAUACGCACACAACACACAAAGCCUCUGUUAGCCCUGUUGUCAUGAAAGAUUACUCAUCCAGCUAAGACCUCACAACAGCCCAGUGUGCUUUAAUUUGGACUAGAAUGACAGACUGUUGACAGACCCAUGUGUGUCCUAACAAUAGCUAUUUAUAAACAGCCUAAAAUGACAGAGAGCUUUGAAAUUGUGGUUAAGUGGUGCCGAAAAUGUGUUAAUGCUUAGCACACACAAUAAAUUAUGGUCAGUGUCUCACGGGCUAAUGCCACAUUUGGUUGUGUACAAGAAAUAGUAGUGUAUCUCCUUGUAUGAAGACAGCAGUCAUGGCUUUCCCAUCAGUGUUUAUUCCUCUGGGUCCUUUGCACCAACCCAUGAAAUAAAGUCUGCAUGGAGCAGCAUGCCAAUUUAAUAAAUGAAAGUGUUUUGUAAUGAUUCUGCUUACUUGAAUAGGCUUGCCACAAUGUAGGCUGUGCAGCGUGUCUGUGAUAGUGUGUUUGUGUGUGUUGCUUUGCAGUCAUUUUAUAAACCGAAAGCCCUGCAGAGCACUAGCCUGACCAGAGAAGCAGCUGCGUAAGAGAUCUGAGGAUAAAAGUCACAUGUCAUUUAAAAACUCACAACUCCAAUCUCUACUCUAGAUUGUCAUGCUCAGCAUUUCAAAUGGAAAGUUGUUCGUUUGCGUCCAUUACUCUACUGCAAUAAAAUAUUUGAAU